AUGCUCCUGGGCCCACACGUAACCUCUUUCUUUCUUUCUUUCUUUCUUUCUUUCUUAGCCUCCUUCUCCAUAUAUGCUUGUUUCUUUAAGCCCCUACAUUUCUUUCUUUCUUUCUUUCUUUCUUUCUUUCUUUCUUUUCUUUCUUUCUUUCUUUCUUUCUUAGCCUCCUUCUCCAUAUAUGCUUGUUUCUUUAAGCUCCUACAUUUCUUUCUUUCUUUCUUUCUUUCUUUCUUUCUUUCUUUCUUUCUUUCUUUCUUUCUUAGCCUCCUUCUCCAUAUAUGCUUCUUUCUUUCUUUCUUUCUUUCUUUCUUUCUUUCUUUUCUUUCUUUUCUUUCUUCUAGCCUCCUUCUCUCAUAUAUGCUUGUUUCUUUAAGCUCCUACAUUUCUUUCUUUCUUUCUUUCUUUCUUUCUUUCUUUCUUUCUUUCUUAGCCUCCUUCUCCAUAUAUGCUUGUUUCUUUAAGCUCCUACAUUUCUUUCUUUCUUUCUUUCUUUCUUUCUUUCUUUCUUUCUUUCUUUCUUUCUUUCUUUCUUUCUUUCUUUCUUUCUUAGCCUCCUUCUCCAUAUAUGCUUCUCCUACAUUUCUUUCUUUCUUUCUUUCUUUCUUUCUUUCUUUCUUUCUUUCUUUCUUUCUUUCUUUCUUUCUUAGCCUCCUUCUACAUAUAUUUCUUGUUUCUUUAAGCUUUCAUUUCUUUCUUUUCUUUUCUUUCUUUCUUUCUUUCUUUCUUUCUUUCUUUCUUUCUUUCUUAGCCUCCUUCUCCAUAUAUGCUUGUUUCUUUAAGCUCCUACAUUUCUUUCUUUCUUUCUUUCUUUCUUUCUUUCUUUCUUUCUUAGCCUCCUUCUCCAUAUAUGCUUGUUUCUUUAGCUCCUACAUUUUUCUUUCUUUUUUUUUUCUUUCUUCUUUCUUUCUUUCUUUCUUUUGUUUCUUAUUUUCCUUUUGUUAUAUAUAUUUUUUUCUUUUUUUCUACAUUUCUUUCUUUCUUUCUUUUCUUAUUUCCUUCAUAUCAUCUUAUUUUUUCUUUAAGCUCCAUCUUUCUUUCUUUCUUUCUUUCUUUCUUUCUUUCUUUGCCUCCUUCUCCAUAUAUGCUUCUUUCUUUAAGCUCCUACAUUUCUUUCUUUCUUUCUUUCUUUCUUUCUUUCUUUCUUUCUUUCUGUAUUCAAUAAUGAUACGCUUUCAUUUCCGCUUUUCUUUUUCUGUCUUUCCUUCUUUCUUUUCAUCCUUCACUUUUUCUUUCUUCUACUCAUUCCAUCCUUUCUUGUUUCAUUCCGUCCUCGCUCUUUCUUUUCCCCUUUCCUUCCCCUCUCCUCUCUUUAAUUCCUUCGUUCCUUCCUACAUUCUGCAUUUCCUUUUCCUUUUUUUUUUUUUUUUGCAUCCUACACCCUUUCCUUCCUUCAUUUUACUCUGCACUUCAUAA